UCAUCUAAAAAAUUAAGAUCCGCCUGUGUGUUUGUUACUCCCCGCAUCAUUCUCUCUUCCUCAAACCAACACUUUGGCGUUCCCAACUUUCCGAACAAGUCAGUCCUAUUUAUACUCUUCGUUCCACGAUUGCACCAUUGAACUUUGAAACAACCAAAGCCUGAAUUAAAUAUUGUUCUGAAGAUCAAGAACAAAGGGACUAGAAAAACACAACAACAUUCUUGAAAAUAUGUCGUGGCAAACCUACGUGGACGAUCACUUGAUGGUCGACUUUGACGGCCAAGGCCAGCACCUUGCCGCCGCGGCUAUUCUCGGACAUGAUGGUAGCGUUUGGGCUCAAAGCCCCGCCUUCCCUAAGUUUAAACCAGAGGAGAUUACGAAUAUCAUGAAGGAUUUUGAUGAACCUGGAUUUCUAGCUCCCACUGGGCUAUUCCUUGGUGGAGCAAAGUACAUGGUAAUCCAAGGAGAACCUGGCGCUGUCAUCCGUGGGAAAAAGGGAUCUGGUGGGAUAACCAUCAAGAAAACAAACCAAGCUCUGAUAUUUGGUAUAUAUGAAGAGCCAGUGACUCCAGGACAGUGUAACAUGGUAGUUGAGAAAAUUGGAGACUACCUCGUUGACCAGGGUUAUUGAUAUUUGACAUCCCAUAAUUAAAAUUUUGUAUUUGGUGAUUGCAUCUCCAUCUUAUAGGGCCAAAGUGUCACUGGGGUUUUUUUUGACAAAAAUAACUAAGCCUAAUGCGGCCGUCUAACGGUUGCUAUUUCCUCUUUGCUAUAAAUUUAUGGAUAUAUUUUACUGAAACAGUUUUGUGUAUUGAUCAGUUGUUUACCGCGUUUGUAAUAAAUUUGAUGUUUUAAUUGGAUUUC